AUGGAAUUAAGUGAACCUGAUUUGACUACAGUAUGGACCCCUGUGUACUAUGGCGAUUAUGAAGAUUUGGAGGAAAGCUGGAACAGCUCACGUGCACGAUUUGUAGUAUUUUCAAAUAGAAAUGGUGGUCUAACACUCAAAGAUACUCGGACUAGUUGUAUUUACCAAAUAACGAAUCAUUAUCGUGUUACAAUUGAUGGUCGAACAUAUAGUGGACGUCCACUCUUUAAUCUGAUAAAGAGCAUAUAUGAAGACUAUGGUGGAUUCGAUUUUGCAUCCUUCACUCAAGCGCCUUCUCUGAUCUAUAUUGAGGAUUUGAAACAUUUCGCAGCAGACAAAAUACUUCAACCACUUACUUUAUCGUCAAGUAAAAAUUAAUUAAGUGAACCUGAUUUGACUACAGUAUGGACCCCUGUGUACUAUGGCGAUUAUGAAGAUUUGAAGGAAAACUGGAAUGGUUCAAGUGCAAGAUUUGUAGUAUUUUCAAAUAGAAAUGGUGGUCUAACACUCAGCGAUACUCGCACUAGCUGUUUCUAUCUAAUAAUGGAUCAUUAUCGUGUUACAAUUGAUGGUCGAACAUAUAGUGGACGUCCACUCUUUAAUCUGAUAAAGAGCAUAUAUGAAGACUAUGGUGGAUUCGAUUUUGCAUCCUUCACUCAAGCGCCUUCUCUGAUCUAUAUUGAGGAUUUGAAACAUUUCGCAGCAGACAAAAUGCUUCAACCACUUACUUUAUCGCCAAGUAGAACAAAGACGAUACAGAAGGCAGAUUUUGGCUAUGUCAUGAGAGCGAUUCAUCCUAAAACCGUAAGUUCGUAA